CAUGACUAUCUUUUGAAUCUUGGCCAUCCCCUUUUACUCAAAAUCAAUUUCAUUCUCUCCCAAGAAACCAUUCCCCUAAUCAAAUCUUCUCACGAACUAAAAAAUGAAGAGUCGGAGCAUAAAUUUAGCCACCCUGAGUUUGAUGAUAAUUACGGUAUUAGCUUUAACGAAGAUCGUGGAAGGACAAGAAGCACUACUAGGUAAGAAAGUAUUGCCGCUAUGCCACAGAGAAUGUAUGCCAAUAUGCAUGAAAGUGACCGAGGCAACGCAAGAGGUUUGCGACGGUGCAUGUCAAUUAGGUUGUGUCCAGCUUCAAGGUCGAGGCACUGGACUUUCAACCACGGAUCAAGGAGUCGAUAUGGUCAUCGCAUAA